UCAUCGAUCCGCCCCCAGACUUUUGGCAGGAGCCCCCUGUUCUCCGACCGAGGCUCGUUCUUGCCCCUCCAAGAUGGAGGCCUUAGGGGGCUACCCUACCAAGUCCUCCAACCCCAAAGCCAAGAAGUUAACGGUCCUGCUGAGCAUGACAGUCGGUGUGGGCUGUUUGUUCCUGCUGCAGACGCAGCUGGUGAAGCCCAGAAAACCAGAGGAUUUUUAUUCCUUCGAGGUCAAAGACGCGAAGGGGAGGACGGUCUCUCUGGAGAAGUACCGAGGAAAAGCGUCUUUGGUUGUAAACGUGGCGAGUCACAGCGAGCAGACGGAGGCGAACUACAGGUCUCUGCAGGAGCUCCACCGGGAGCUGGGCACCUCUCACUUCAACGUCCUGGCCUUCCCCUGCGGCCAGUUCGGGGACACGGAGACCGGGACCAGCCGGGACAUCGAGGCUUUCGCAAAGUCCACAUACGGCGUCACCUUCCCCUUCUUCAGCAGGAUCAAAAUAAUGGGCUCAGAGGCGGACCCUGCCUUCAAAUUCCUCACAGAUUCCGUGAAGAAAAUUCCAAAGUGGAACUUCUGGAAGUUUCUGGUGAAUCCUGAGGGGAAAGUGGUCCGGUUCUGGCGGACGGACGAGCCCAUGGAGAUCGUUCGACAGGAGGCCACGGCGCUGGUGCGAGAAAUCAUCCUCAAGAAACGGGUGGAGCUAUGAUGGAGCCUGUCGAAAGAUGCCGGUGGACACGUCCGUGUUAGCCGGUGCUUCCUGUGCUUUGACAGCAGAGGAAUGACUGGACUCUUAACUGUCGCAAGCGAGUGUGGACAGAAACAGGGAUGAAAAGAUCCACUAGUUUGGGCCACAAAGGCAAUGAAAGUCACAUUCGAGGCUAUUCAGAUUGUGUGUGCAUUUGUGAGAGUAUGUGUUUGUCUGUAUGUGUGGGGACCAUCCUGUGAUUGAUAAUGACAGUCAUAAGGAACAUAAUGACCACUGCUGCAGCUGAAGGAUUGUUUAGCCAUUGAAGUGUGAUUUUUACAAAUGUUCAGUUUGGCUUAGUCUGUGCUUUGUACCAUCUAUUUCUAAUGUUUACAUUAAAGUCUAUUUCUUAAGGUGAAGCAUA